CAUCCAAUGAUGGGCGUGCAGAAGAUUCAGUUCGGGAAUCCCCAAUAUCCAAUAAUAUAAAUAAAAAACGUGGAAUAACGCUAAUGCAGCGUAUAUGGGCUCUUCCACCGAACAAGAAAUUUGUAUGUGGGUUAAAUGGGAGCAAGCAACCGGUUGGGGAAAGCGGGCAAACAUUCAAAAGGUGGUUGGGCACCUUAUGCAUCUGCCGCAACUAUUGCCCACUUAUGCCUGCUACUUGGACGCAUGUCGACCGUAAAUGCAAAGAAGACGCUUGGGUAGAGAUAGAGAAAAAAUGGAUCAUUGACCCAGAGAUUAUUAGCCCAGCUAAUCAAAUGAACUGGGCAAUGCACUUAUUAGGAGAGUUGAGAAGGAACCGAAGAAGUAAGUUAAAAAAAAAAUGCUACCCAAAAGAUGCGUUAAAAGAAGAUGUUUAUAAAAGCAAACCAGAUUGGGCUGACGAGCAGGACUACCGCGCACUAGUUGACUAUUGGAAUUAGUGGAUACGAACAAGAGAAGUCGUUCGUUUCAGACGGAUAUAGCGAGGACAGGGCCUAUAAGUUUUGCACAAACUGCU